GAAGCGGCGCGCGCCGCCAUGGCGCUGGCGGAGGAGGCGCUGCGGCGGCAGCUGGGCAAGUACAAGUUCAGAGACCUGACCAUAGAAGAGCUGAAGGAUGUUAGCAAGACCUACCCCAACUUCACCUUCUCCAUGAACACAUACACCUUCAAGGAUGGAUCACAGAAGGACCUCCUGAAUUUUAGUGGCACUGUUCCAGUGAAAUAUGCAGGCAGUUCCUAUAACAUCCCUGUCCGGCUGUGGAUCCUGGAUUCCCAUCCCUUUGCUCCUCCCCUUUGCUUCCUGAAGCCAACGGCCAGCAUGGGCAUUGCAGUGGGGAAACACGUGGAUGCACGGGGCAGGAUCUAUUUGCCCUACCUGCAGAACUGGAGCCAUCCUAAAUCAACUCUCACUGGAUUAAUCAAGGAAAUGAUUGCAAAGUUUGAGGAAGAGCUCCCUUUGUACUCACUGUCAUCUUCUGAUGCAGCCAGGCAAUCAGAACUUCUCUCCUAUAUUGCAAAGAUUACUGAAGGAGAGACUGACAUGAAAUCAAGGAAUAAAAUUGGAAGCAGAAAUGAAGGAUGUUUUAACAAAAUUACUGUUGUUGGAGCUGGAGAUCUUGGCAUUGCAUGUGUACUAGCUGUUGCAGCAAAGGAUGUUGCAGACAAGGUGGUUCUUUUGGAUCUUUCUGAAGGUGCAGCAAAAGGAGGCACCAUGGAUUUGGAGAUUUUUGCUGUGCCAAAUGUGGAGAUCAGCAAAGAUUUUUCUGCUUCAGCUGAUUCCAAAGUUGUGGUGCUUACAGUGAAUUCUCUGGGUAAUGCUCAGACUUACCUCGAUGUCAUACAAAGCAAUGUGGAUUUGUUCAGAGGAAUUAUUCCAGCAGUGUCCCACUACAGUCAGAGUGCUGUUCUCCUUGUUGCUUCUCAUCCAGUUGAAGUAAUGACAUUUGUGUCCUGGAAGCUGAGCUCAUUUCCCAAAAGCAGAGUCAUUGGAGUUGGUGCCAACCUCGAUUCAGAGAGAUUUCGGUACAUUCUGACCAACCUUUUGAAAGCAGAGGUGCUGGCAAAAGAUGCUUGGGUUAUUGGUGAACAAGGAGAAGACAAAGUACCAUCAUGGAGCAGCUGUAAUGUAGCUGCAAAUCAAACAGAAGCAAUGGCUGCUCGUAACUCAAGGGAAAAGGUGGCUAACAGAGCUAUGGAAGUCCUAAAGGGAAAAGGUCAGAGAUCAUGGUCUGUUGGGCUCUCAGUUGCUGAUUUGGUUGACAGCAUUCUGAAAGAUAAAAGGAAGGUUCAUUCUGUAUCCACUCUGGCAAAGGGGUGUUGCAAUAUAAACAGUGAAGUGUUCCUGAGUCUCCCAUGUAUUCUUGGAACCAGUGGAGUGAUUGAAAUGGUCAGACUGGAGGAAGACCCACUGGUGCAGGAGAAACUGCAGAGCAGUGCAGGCUCAAUUCAUGACCUUCAGCAGCAGCUGAAACUGUAAGGAAGCACAAGGGAAGCCUCUGUGUCUGCUCACUCAAGUUGGAGAUCUGCAAGGCAGAAGAGGUUGCUCCAUAAAUAAGGAUUUCUACAGAAAACAGGAAGCUUUGUUAUUUUACUUUCCAAAAGUGCUUUCUCAGUUUAGGUUUAAAUAAUUUAAUACCACACUGUAUGGC